AUGACUUAUUCCAGGCAACACAACAUCGACACGAUACAGAGAGAAAAGAAAAAAAAUAUGAAUACGAAGGGUCAUGAAUUUGCGACUCUUGAACUUGGAAAUCCUUCCCCUGCCGCUUAUAACCCCCCAGUCAACCCUCCCAAUAUGACCACCCCUCCUGCAUACACGAUGAGACCGAAGACGUAUCCCGAGAAAGGGGGAGGGGACAGAGUUUCAUGGGGAAAAGAAUGGUUUGCUACAGAUGAUCGCUGGACAAUAAGAGCGAAUUUCUGCAAAGACAGUAAAUGGCCUUCGCCAUCUGAUUACGCAACAACUUCAACGAUUGGUCAAUCGCUGAUGACGUGUCCAACGUUUCCUUCAUACAGCAUUGGCAAAAGGAAAGAAUUUUCACUUGUGUCUAAAGAUGCGAAAAAUUUUCCAAGUCCGCUUCGGUACAAUCGUGUUCAAAGCCAGAAUGCAGUGUUGACAAAAUCUCCAAGUUUUACUAUUGAACGUGGUCGUCGAAAAGGAACAUUGCCAUUUUUAACAAAGACAGAUCAUUCUCCUGGACCUGGACGCUACAAUCCUAACGCAUAUAAGUCGAGUUCGAAGAUUCGAAGACCAGCCUUUACAAUUCCUAAGUCACCUAGAUUGCUCGAAAUUAAUCGUAACUGCUCGUAUUAA